GCUCAUUUCAAUUUAUACCACCAGUGUGACGUUGGGGGCGGGCUUUAGCUUAUUAAUGUUCUUGUUUUUUCUUCGCCUUUUUUCAUUUUCGGGAGGCUGCUUGAAAAUUUGAUGCCCGUUGUCAAGGAAAAUUAUUUACUUUGUUUUUCACGUGAUGUCAGAAAUGCAGGAAGCAAGAACUGGUUCAAGACGUCAGUACAAGGGACGAUAUUCCCAAGAAAUCCUAAAUUUGGCUUUUAGUAAAGUGAAAUCUGGAGAGCUAUCAACAAGGGCUGCGGCCAAGGCUUAUGGAAUUCCGAAAUCAACUCUCCAAGACAAGGUACAAGGAGUAAGACCCUUAACAGCAAAGUCUGGCCCAGAUCCUGUACUAACAAAAACAGAAGAAUUGAAGCUAGUCACUUGGAUAAAGCAGAUGACCAAGAUAAAAUAUGGGCGUAUCAGACAAGAAUUGGUGCUAGCUGUAAAAAAAAUUCUAGAUGAAGAUGGCCGCGAAAACACUUUUCCGAACAAUACACCAGGAAGACAAUGGAUUCGAAAUUUUAUGCGGCGGAAUCCAGGCCUCACAUUGGAAAUUCCAGAGCGUGUUCUUAAGGGAAGACGAGCAGCAAUAACAGUGGAAGAAAUAAGCAACUGGUUCUACGAAUGUCAAAAGUUCAUGCUUGAAAAGCGGGUGGCCGAAUCUUUCGCUGAUCCAGCCCGAAUUUUUAACGCAGAUGAAAUCGGGUUUCCUCUUAUUGGACAAGCUGAUUGCAUUAUGGCUCCAAAGAUCGCUGGAAACCCAUACCAACAAACAUCUUCUACAAAACAUCAGAUAACUGUCAUUGGUGCCGGCAAUGCCUUGGGACAAUUUAUACCGCCAUUAAUAAUCUUUCCUGACAGCAGUUUUGGAUUCAAUCCCCUUAGAGGAGCCCCAGAGCAUUCUGCAUUCGCCAAGUCAUUAUCUGGCUGGAACAACUCUGAUAUUUUCUUUGAGUAUAUAUCUAAUCACUUUUGUCCUUACGUUAAAUCUCUUGAAGUUAGUUUUCCAAUUAUUUUGUUCGUGGAUGAUCACACAUCGUAUAUUAGCCCCGAGACAUCCACAUUUUGCGCUGAUGAAGACAUUGUUUUAUUUUGUUUACCUAAUCACACAAGUCAUUUAAUUCAUCCCCUGAAUGUGUCGGUUUACAAAUCAAUAAAGACUGCUUGGGCUGAAGAGCACCCUGACGAGGGCGUGAACAAGCAGUCGUUUGCUUCAGUGUUCGCCGCCGCUUGGAAAGAAGGAGCAAAUGCCGAAAUCGCCAUCAAGGGCUUCCAAAAAUGUGGGUUGUACCCAUUUGACCCUAAAGCCAUUGACAGUGAAGAGUUGAUACAAGAUUCAAGUUACAGGAUACCAACAUCACCAGAAGCAUCAGAAACAUCAAUGACAAUGCCAUCAGAAUCCAUACCACCAUGGGAAGCUGCAAAAGCUGCACUUGGUGCCCUUGAAUCAGCGAUGGGGGAUACAUUAGUAGUCACCUAUAAACGCCGUUUGGAUGAGGCAUAUGAGUGUACAGAUGAACCACUGUACGAAACAUGGAAAAAGCUUAGAAAAACAGCAUCCCCUCCUUCUUCGCCAUCACUUGGACAAUAUCCAGAUUCAUCCACAUCUGCGAAUGUUUCACCAGCUCUGGAACAAAAUCAUAUCUUCCCUCAAAGGCAGAUCCUGGCUGGAGAAAAAACUCUAAAUCCAUCCAAUGUCAUUUCUGUAUCUGUUUUUCCAGAAUAUAUUGAUAAAGCACAGACUAAAGAAGAAGCAGAAGAAAAAAAAACAGAUCUAAAUGAACAUUAGAAAUAGCACAAAAAGAAAAAUAAAAGAUGACUAGGCGAGGUGUUGUCAGAAAUAUUUGCUAUGAAUAGCAGUAACUGAAUACAGGUUAUGAAUAGUGCUCUGCUAGUAUGUUGUAAACAUACAGUUAAUAUGGAUGCAAAUGACAAGAUCAUUGUGGACUUAAUGAAGGAACAAAUGUAGAUUGGAAUGUGCCAAAUGUUUGUGAAGAAACAGUACUAUUUAUGUAAUCUAAUCGUUAAUGUCUGUUGGUGUCUUAGCACAAGAUACAUCAUCCAUACUAUAAUAUCUCAAAACGUAAUCUGAUGAUUUGACCAUUUUUUUUUUUAACCAUAAUAUCUCAAAACAUCUGAUGAUUUGACUAUUUUUUUUUUCCAACAUGAAAUAAAAUUAAAAUUGUAUCACUGCAACUUUAAAACAGAAAUGAUGUCUUAGGGAAUAGUUUUACCUGAUAGCCAGCUAGUUAUACUCAAUAUAUACCAACGAUUCAUAUAUCCUGGGCAUAUGAUUGGUUAAAAAUGCAGGUGUAAUGCUGCUAUUUUUAAAUAUGCGUACAGUAAUCAUUAUAGCUCACAUACCAUCAAUUGUCGAACUCGUAUAUACUGACAGAUUCUGGUCUAGGCCAGAAAAUACUAAGGAGCAAGUAUAAUUCAUGCUUAGUUUCAAUGCCUAAAAUGUUAUAUUCACUAUAUUCAUCAACAAAAUGCCUAAAUCUGUGUAGCGUAAAAUAAAAAGUCAUUUUUUAAUUUUAACUCAACCUAAAGCCCCGUUUUUUAAAAAUGUUUAAUCAUUACAACUUUUAAUUUUACAUUGUUGCAGCAUACAGGAUUACAAAAUAUUAUUUUAAUAUACUGCACACUUAUAUUAGUUAAAGAAUUUAAAUUGUAUUAAGAUCUCAUUUUGAGACAUAGUACAGUACCAAGGCUAUAGUUUGAAACAUCCCUUUCAAUGCAGGCAAUGUCUGUAUACUACUCUAGUUCCUCAUGGGAUAAAGCCUACUUACUUGAACACAAAGCUGAGUUUAUCAUGUGUGUGGGGAGGGGGGGUCCUCUGUUCAUUAAAAAGCUUUGGAAAAGGCCUCAAUAAGACAGAUUUUCAACUAAUCACCAAUUCAAAGCCAACCCUUGAUUUUUUUUAAGUACUGUAUUAUCGGCUAGCCACUCACUCAAAUCAUACUCUGUGGUUUCGUCUGGGGGUUGCUGGUAUGUGAAAUUGGGUGCAGAAGGGGUGGUGACCUUAAACCAUAAAUGGGCUAAAGAUUUGUCUACACUAUCAAAUUUAGGGCUGUAAAAAGGUGGUGGUCCUAGGUCUGGGACUUGAGUAUUUUAGGGCUGGGCUAGCAAAAAAUACAUUAAAACUAGACCAUUAUUCAAUAAUGUAAGGACUAGCAAUUCUUUUAGCAAUACUAGACCUUGGUCCAGUAAAAAAAA